AUGGCGGGGCCUGAAGAUGACGAGGAUCAUGAGAAUUCAGAGGUAGAGAGAAUUGAAAUUGAGGAAGAGGUUCUAGCUGAUGAAGGAGAACCGUUCAUUGGUGUCAUGGGAAAACUGCUCUUGGCACCAUACAGUGGGUGUACGGAGAACAUUGUAUCCAAGGCGGUUGUUCAUGGGCUCCAAUUGAAGACCACCAAACUCACGCAGCCAUACAAAAUCAGUUGGGUCAAGAAGGGAUUUGAGAUCCUCGUUACCGACUUCUGCCGUGUGCAAUUCUCGAUUGGCAAGCAUUACUCAUGUGAAGCCCUAUGCGAUGUCUUGGAAAUGGACGUAUGCCAUGUGAUUUUGGGAAGACCUUGGCAAUUUGACGUGGGAGUUCAUUACGACGGCCGAGCCAAUGUGUACUCAAUGGAUUGGAAGGGUUGGAAAUUACGUCUACUGUCGAGCGCACCCACCUUACCUCUGAGAGCCAAAGACAUCUCCAAACCUGCUGCCAUACACUUUGUCUCGGGAAACAAUCUUAUACGUGAAUGGCAAGAUCAGGCUCCCAUGUUUGCAUUACUUCUCACGGAGCCCAAUCCGAUUUAUGACGCGCAGAAUAGGCCGCCCGAAGUCUCUGAGUUCCUUUCUAAGUAUCGUGACGUCGUGCCGGAUGAAUUGCCUGCAGAGCUACCACCAUUGAGAAGUAUUCAACAUCAAAUAGAUUUUGCGCCGGGCGCCACCUUACCGAACCUGCCGCAUUACCGACUCAACCCCAAGGAACAGGUGAUUCUACAAGAACUGGUUGAUGAUUUACUACAGAAACAGUUCAUUCAGGUGAGCCUCAGCCCUUGCGCCGUGCCGGCCUUGCUAGUUCCGAAGAAGGAUGGAUAG